AGUCGUUGCCAUUCGACCUCUGCAGGGCCUGCGCGGACGCAGACAGAACCCUGAAAUUCAUUAUGCCUUCAAAACCCCUAUUUAUUUCCGCAUAACCUACAUACUCUUACCAGGAGGCCGGAGCGGGGGGAAAAAAACAGAAAAUGUCCGGAGAGCGAAACCGCAGGUCGCUGGCUUUCCGAGGAGGUGGAUUAGCCGUCACCGGUGCCAGUGCUGUCGGAGGAGGCAGCAACGGGAACAGCUGUGAGGCCCCGGCCUGUCAAGAGCGACGUUUGAACGGGAACAAGCCGGAUAAAGAGGACGAUAGGGAUUUGGGGGCGAAAGGACCAUCGCUGGGGAAAGUCGAGGGAGGGGGGUCCGUGAGCGACGGCACAGAGCCGGAGGCAGAGGAGGACCCGGAAGGGGGCAGUUGGACAGCGGGGAAAGAUAACGACAAAGGCGCUUUAAACGACAUAAUGGUUAAAAACGAGAGCUCCGGGGGUGGCUGUAGGUGGCCGAUCGGCAACGGCGUGAAGCGGGAGGAUGGGAGCACGGGAGCUGAGGAGGAAGCGGGCACCAGAAAGCACUUGGUGGAGAUGAGACCACAGACGCUGCUGCAGAAACACUCGCUCUUCCAAGCCUCCUGGUUGCAGGAGUUCCCCUGGCUCAAAUUUUGCCAGGAGACGGGACUGAUGUCUUGCUCUUGGUGCCAUAACAUUGCCACUAACAACAGCGAUGAGUUGGUGAAAGGCAGUCGGAAUUAUAAGCGGGCCUUGCUGCUGAGACAUCACCUGUCCUCGGAGCACGGCAGGAAUGACCCGACCAAACAGGAAAUGGAAAGGCCAGAGGAUGCAGAGAGCCUGGAAGUGGAGGACUACAGGAGCAAGCCCAACGAGAACUCUUACUGCUAUCAGCUUUUGCAAGAGCUGGACAAGCAGCGCAAGAGUGGCAUUCUCUGUGACGUCAAAAUCGUGGUGAGCGGCCAGGUGUUCAGAGCACACAAGAACAUCCUGGUUGCUGGGAGUGGCUACUUCAAGACCCUCUACUGCCUGACAAAGAGUGAGAGCUGUGACCAAACUACAAUCACGCACCUAGACGUGGCAGCCGUGCAGGGUUUUUCUGUCAUCCUGGACUUCCUCUACUCUGGCAACCUCUUGCUCACCAGCCAUAAUGCCAUCGAGGUGAUGUCAGUAGCGAGUUUCCUCCAAAUGACCGAGGUGGUCCAGUCUUGUCAUGCAUUCAUCAAAGAUGCCCUCAACAUCAGCAUUAAGCAGGAGGCCCCCGACUCGGUGGUGGUGGACUACAGCAAGCGGCGGACGGUGGCAAAAGACUGCCAGGGUGCCGACAAGAAGCCCAGCAGCUUUUGGGCCACCAGCAUCCUGUCCAAGCUGUCCAUCAAGGCCAGCGGGCAAGUGAAGGAUGAACCAAGCGAUGUGGAGGUGUCGGGGGGAGAAGGCUGUGCAUUGGGAAGCUCCGGAUGGGGAGGCGAGAACUCCUCAGAGUCCACAGAGACCGAGCCACAUGGCCCAGGGGCGGUGUUUGCCUGGAAUGAGCCAGAUCCCGGCACUGGGGCUGCCGUCAAAAUGGAGGUGCGUCCGGAACCAGGCAGCGGCAGGCGGAAAAAACAGGCUGCAAAGCGUUUCGUCUACAACAUCCCACCAGAGCCAGAGGAGGGUUUUGACGAGGGCAUGUUCAUCCAACCAUCUGCUUCCUACACCAGAGAGGACUACUCCUACCUCUCAGAAAAUGCCGGUGAAGCAUCUGAAAACGCCCUAAAUAAGCUAAAGUGUCCCCACUGUAACUACAUUGCCAAGCACCGGCGAACACUAAAGAGACACCUGAUCAUCCACUCGGGUGUGCGUUCCUUCAGCUGCGACAUCUGCGGAAAGCUGUUCACUCGCAGAGAGCACGUUAAGAGACAUUCCCUGGUUCACAAAAAGGAUAAGAAAUACAAGUGUAUGGUGUGUAAGAAGAUCUUCAUGCUCGCAGCCAGCGUAGGCAUACGGCACGGCUCUCGGCGCUAUGGUGUGUGCGCUGAGUGCGCUGACUCCCACCAGGGCACUCAAGAGGGUCUAGAGGGCAUGCAGGACCUGGAUUUUGCCCGCGACGAAGACUUCGAGGAGGCUGGAGAGGGAGAUGAGGACAUGGAGGAAGAAGGGGAGGAGCCCAAUGAGAUUGACCAAUCCAACUGUGAGGGUGACGUGGGUGGCACCCCCGAGGAGGACUAAUUUAAACAUAACCUGGUAGAAAAACGAAUCAAAAUAAAAAAUCAAUGAAAAAAAAAAUAGCUGGGAAACAAUCAACUAUUCCAAAGUGCUAUCAAACCUCUUUGUUGCACGUGAAGUUUUGUCAAAGAGAUAUAUAGCUUUGUUUGAGAGAGACUCCAAUAUUUAAAGAUUGUUUUAUGUGUCAGAGUCUGGGCUUUGUGCCUGUCAGAGGAAGAGGUUUAAUGAUAUAUAACAAAAAAUCAGGUUUUUCUGUCAUGUAUUUUUUCUUUUGUAUGGGUUGAGGGUGUACAGUGUUUUUGAGUUAUAAUAGGCCAAUCAUAUUAAAAGAAAUAUUAAUUAUUUAAUUUAUGAAGAAAAAUAAUAUGGUCUUAUGAAAUGAUAGAUUUAGAUUUGUUUUGUAUGUCUGCUUAAUUUGUUUCACUGAGCUUCCUGAAAGAUUUGAUCGUAUAUUGCUCAAGAGGAUUAUCUACACAGGAAGAUUUUUUUGGUGUGUUUCCUUUCUAGUUAAAUGUCAUGAAAUUACAUAUAUAUAUAUAUAUAUAUAUGUAAUUUCAUGUGUGUAUACAUUUUCCUUUCCCUGCACAAAUCUUGGAACCAAAAAUCUGUUUUGUGACUAAUUCACAACAGCCAUAUUUAUAAUUAAGUUAUACGGGGCUGUUAGAUCGUGCCAAGCAGAAUGCACACCAAGAUUUUGCAGGACACAAACUACUGAAAAUGCUGAGAGAACGUAAAGCAGAAAAAUAGAUGGGGGGGGGGAAUAGAAAAUUAUCAAAUAUAAGGGGAAUAUAUUAUUGCUAGCUUUAUUUGGAUCGCAGCAUCACAGUAACACUUUAUAAAGCAUUUUGACAUUCACUUAAAGCUUGAAUUUUGCCAAAUGAUGGAAACGUUUGGUGCUGUAACGCUUUUGUUUUUAUCAUGUUUAAAUAUUGGACCUACAAGCUGUAUAUGAUGUUAAUAAUCGUAAAGCCUACUCAACUCAGUUAUGCUAAUCAGCUUUGUACUUUACACUGUUGUGCUAAGGAGCCUAUCAGGUGUGCUUUUUCCGUUUUUAACGUCUUUUCUAUUAAAUGCACAUACACACUCAAACAUACCAUUUGUUGUUAAAACUACUGGCAGUACUUGUAUAGGUGGAACAACCUGAUGUCCUUGACCCUCCUGAGUUGGUUAGUGGUACUGAGCAUACUUGUAAUCACUUGAACGACCUGUGUAACGUUUUUGAUGUAGAUGAUCGAGGUUGUUUCCAGUAGAUUCCCAAACUUAAUUUUGGUUCCCCCCGUAAUAUUUGUGAUGGUUUUUAUUUAGUUGAAGAGAUUAUUUUGACUUUGUUGUGUGUCUGCUGAGUGGAAAACACUUUGCUCAUGCUAAUGUAGAGUGGAAGGUCUAUGAUAACGCAUAGACAGGCACUUACUACUCUGUGUUCAACAAUUUCUUAUUUCCCCAAAGCCGGUCUGGAUGGAAAUAGAUUUAAACUGUUGUGUUUUUAUUCCAUGCGGAACUUUUUCUUUGACAUUUCAUUAUUUAAUGCUUUAUAUGUAUUGACUCCAAAUGCAAUCAAGACUGUUAAUUUCUAUUUGUCCUACCAAAAUCAUUGUUUAAUUGUUAAAAAUAAUGUAUAAGAAAACCAGGUAAAAUAUUUAGUGUAGAUCAUUGCUUGUGUAUGUUGUCAGAAUUAAAUGUUUUUAUUCUAAAAUCUAUCAUUCACUUUACCCUUAGAUGCAUAUAUUGUUUUAUCUGUCCUUCCAUUUUGAGCUUUUAUUUUGUUUUUGUUCAUACAAUGUGUUUUUUUAUUUUAAGCACCUACAUUGGCGGCCAAACGUUUGGAAUAAUGUACAGAUUUUGCGGUUUUGGAAGGAAAUUGGUACUUUAAUUCACCGAAGUGUCAAUCAACUGAUCAUAAAUUAUAGUCAGGACAUUACUGAUGUAAAAAACAACAACAUCACUAUUUGAAAAAGGUUAAUUUUUAUCAAAUCUAGACAGGCCCCAUUUCCAGCAGCCAUAAAUCCAACACUUUAUCCUUGAGUAAUCAUGCUAAAUUGCUAAUUUGGUCCUAGAAAAUCACUUGAUUAUAUCAAACACAGCUGAAAGCUAUUUGGUUCAUUAAAUGAAACUUAACAUUGUCUUUGUGUUUGUUUUAGAUUUGACGCAGACAGUAUGCAAUAGACAGGCAUGUUUUAAGGUCAAUAUUAGGUCAAAAAUGGCAAAAUAGAAACAGCUUUCUCUAGAAAUUCGUCACUCAAUCAUUGUUUUGAGGAAUGAAGGAUUUUUUUGAUGAGAACUCUGAAGUAGUUUAAGAAGUUCUGAAAUUUUUUUCAAAUUGUAUUAGUAAUCUUUCACGUUAUUAAUGUCCUGACUAUACAUUGUGAUCAGUUAAAUGCCACUUUGGUGAAUAAAAGUACCAAUUUCAUUCCAUAAGAGCAAAAUCUGUACAUUAUUCAAACUUUUGGAUACCAGUGUAUUUUAUAAGAAAUAUUGUGUGCUGGUUAAUUCUUAGGAACAGGAGUUUCUGUUCAUAUGCAGUGGAUAUAUUGAAGUGCUAUACUGAUACAGAAAUGGUCUUUCCCUUUACUCGAGAUGAAAGUGUAUUUUAAAAGCUGUAUAGAAGAUCCUGUUUGUAUUACUUGCCUUCAGGUCACUGUGGGAGGGAUAUUAUAUAUACGUAUAUAUAUAAAUGAAAAUGGAUUAAUUAUAUAUAGAUAGAUAUUUAAUUAGUUGAUUUAAAUGAUGGCACACCGCUGCAGUUAACUGGUUUCACACCUUGACCUGGCUUUUCACUGACCUUUUCUAAUUCUGUUCACGUGCUUGUUCACCAUCAUUUCGGUUUAUAUUUUUCUUGUUUUGUCUGCGUAUCUGUUCAGUUCACAACGAUGUACUCUUUAGAUUAAAUGCUGUAACAGACAAAAAAGAAACAACACUACAGAUGAAGGUUUUUUCCGGCUGUAUUUUGUAAAAGCUGUUUUAAAGAUGUAUUUUUUCAACUCUCUUACAGUGAUGCAAACAGGGCCAUGGGCUCACCUCAAACACAAAUCAAAUCAGGUUUAUCCGUUGUUGUUUUGUUUUUUUUAACGUUUUAAAUUAAAAAAAAAUUCCUGCUCUUUCAAUUGUACUACUGUUCCUCUAUUAUACAUUUUAAAA